AUGGAUUCAAACAUUGUCACUCUUAUCGAAUAGUCCAACAAAUACAAUAGCUCUAAAACCAAUUUCUUCAAAACCAAACUGUUUGUAAGCAACAACCAUUCUCCAAACAGAGAAUAUUCGAAGCAAGUGGCAUAAACAGAAACUGUUUAAUACAAUAGAUAUUAAUCAAAAGAAAUCAAUUCUGGAAGAAAUUCGAAGAAGAUAUCCUUUAACACUUACUUGUUAAACUUAGCAAAAUAGAAUAUCGAUCUGUUUCCAAAGAUUAAAUGUGAUUUUGCAAAUAUUUAAAUGGUUGACCUCCAAGAUAAUAGGUUCAGGGUGUUUCCAAAAGAAUUAUAUGAAAUGAAAAAAGCCUAAAUCAUCAAUCUAAAUUCAAAUUUCAUUAAAGUUUUACCUGAAGAUUUAUUUGACAACUUCCCCUCUAUCAUCAAUUUUUCUAUUAGCAACAAUUUAGUUGUGAUCCUACCAAGAAAUUUAUCUCAUUGGUCAACUCAUCUAGAAAUAUUGGAAUUGAGUAAAAACAGAAUUUAAAAACUUUAUCCAUUAAUAACCCUAACAAAUUUAAGAUCUCUCUUCAUUUAAUCAAAUGAAUUCUAAUACAUUCCAAUCGAACUCUAAAAUCUAAAGAAACUAAAUGAACUCGGUUUGGAUUGGUUCAAAUACCUCAACCCUCCGAUAGACCCCAUUGUGAAUAGACCAUACAUAGAGAGAUUGUUUUCAUUAUUAGAGGAAAAGCAAAUAAAAGACGUAGAAGAUCCUUCUUAAAUUAAUUUUAGUGAUGAAGAGUAUAGCUCCUCUAUUGGAAUGAACUUUUAAGACUUUCUUAUGUAAUUUUCAAAUCUUUAGUUAAACAUCCUUCCUAACCCUUAAGGAGGAGACAAAGAAUACUCUACUACUAUCUUACACAAGGCAGCAGUCGAGUAAGACAUUGGUGCUUUGAUAUCAUUGAUGUCCUAUUAUCCUGAGAUUGUAGAUUGCUAAGAUCAAAGACAGAACACAGCCUUGGGAUUGGCAAUUCAAGAAGAGAAGUAUUUUAGUGCCAAAGCAUUAAUAUUUAAUGGAGCUUCAGUAAAUACAAAUGCAGCCAAAUAUGGAUCAAUUUUGAAUCUGGCAAUAGUGAAAGGUCAAAUCCACUUGAUUCUUGACAUCUUAACCUAGGGUGCAGAUCCUAAUCAGAUGGAUGAGAAGGGUAAUACAGCCUUGCAUUAUUGUAUGGCCUGCUUUGAUAAAGAUGUCACAAUUUACAAAUAGGCAUUCUUGGCAUUGCUUAAGAAGAAUAUUAAUACAAAUGCUCUUAAUUAAGAUGGAUGGAGUCCUUUACACAUUGCUGUUAAGAAGGGGAACACAGAUGCUAUUUCAGCAGUAAUCCAACACAACAGUAAGAAAUAAUCGAAAUUUGAUUUAAAUCUUAAAGGGGGCAAGAAACGCCAAACUCCUUUGCAUCUGGCUUGUUCAAAUGGACAUUUUGAAAUUGUUGCUAUGCUUUUGUAAUAGUCAGAAGUCAAAUUGUUCUGCAGGAAUAUGUUAAAUUAGACGGCAUCUCAAUGUUGUUUGCACAAUUAUAGGGUUUAUAAGUUAAUUAAAAGAUACGAGUAUGAACAAUUAUAUAGACUGCAGAAGAAUUCGUAAUUGUAGGAUUAGGAUGACUAUUCAGUUAAGGACAAUGAUUCCUACACAGAUUUAGAUGAGAGUAUUUAACUAUUUGAUGGAUUAUAACUAAAAUAAAUUAAGAUCAAUAGAUCAGUGUUAGGUUGUCGGGAGAGAGCGACUGGAUGCAAAUUCAGAUUCUCUAGUCAGCCACCUUAAAAAUGA